GAAUCUUGGCGUUAACAGUCUCAUGGGCUCCAUUCCUGACAGUAUCUCUGCGCUGAAGGAACUCACAUCGCUGGAUCUUAGCAGCAACAGUCUCAUGGGCUCCAUUCCUGACAGUAUCUCUGCUCUGAAAGAACUGACAUGGCUGGAUAUUCGGAACACCAGUCUCACGGGCUCCAUUCCCGACAGCCUCCCUGUUCCGCGGUGGUUCUUCCCUUCUGCCUCACCGCCACCACCUAAGCCUGCUGGUUCUCUCGCUCCACCGGUCAGUGCCGUGGCUGCUGCCAUUGGUGUUGUUCUCACCUCACUGCUCUUCGUGUAG